AGCUUCGGAAAAGGAUCCGGAAAUCGGUGGUUCCUCGUUCGCUUUGACUUGUUGACUUUGGACAAUUCCACUCCUCCGUCCUCGUCCACCUCGUCUUCCAUGGCGUCCGCCGCGAUCGGCCGUGCCUCCCUCCCCUUGCUGUUGUUCACGAUCGCCCUCCAAUCGGGUCUCCUCUCUCUCUCCGUCGACGCCAGGCCUUGCAAGACCCUCCUCAUCGCCUACUCCUUCUCCUUCACUGGAAAACCCGCCUUCCUCGGCCACCGCGACCGCCCUUUCCCGGUUAUCGAUUUCGCGAAGCCCGACCCCUCUUCGUUCGAUUCGGCCUCUUCCUCGUCGGAGGAGAUCAUCACGAUCUUCGAUGCCUCCAAUCGCCAAUUCGAUCGCAAGCCGGCCUUCCUCUUCUUCGAUCGCCGCGUCUUCCCUUCCCGCGAGCUGGGGAUGCCGCGCCCGCAGUAUCCACAGCUUCCGAAGCGGCAGCAGCGGUCGGUGCCCCUGGGAUUCUUUGAUCUGAGCUCUCUGCGAGACCGAACGGUGGACAUCCUCAGCGUCGUCGUCGCCUUGCUCUUCGGCGUCGGAUGCGGUGCCCUAACCGCAGCCACCAUGUACCUGGUUUGGUCUCUUGUCGCUAGCCACCGCGGCGAUGAUUUCCAGGAGGAGUCCGAUGAUGAGGAUGCGAGCCCUAAGAAGAUGGGUUAUGUCAAAAUUCCUGCUGCAGAUGCCUUCCCAGACCCAACCAAAGCCUAAAGCCUGUAGGUGCUGUAUGAACAGUCACAUACAAUCGUUUAAAUAAUUUGUGUGGAGUACUCUUGUCUUUUCUAUUGUGUAAGUUCCGUGCGUGUAUUCUGGAUGAUUGAUGCUUUACUCGCGAAGACUAUCACUUUGUUUUUAGAUAUCUGUCCCUAACUUAAUCGCCCAACUUCGGGUCUUAAUCUAGCCUGCAAUUAAGUUAAA